CUCGCGUAUGUCUAUCAAAAUGGAUAGGCUCGCUACGAGGCGGCUCUUAGCACUUUUUCACUGCGGCAAGGUUGAUUGGGACGCAAGACUGGAGAAGUAAGCUUCUUCGGAAUUCGAUGCCAAACACCGAGUCUUCUGCAUUGCACGACGGGGACAGACGCGUGCAUCUCUUUCGCCCCGUGGUGUCCUGAGGUCUUUUCCAGCGGUUUUUUCUGCAGCUCUCCAACCCGGGUGAAUCCGUCAUUUGUUUUUCUGAGCCACACACGUGUUUCUGUUCUCCAGACUUUUCUGGCACGACCUCAGCUGUCUUCUCCGAGGAACUGCGCCACGGCUGCGGUUCGGCGCGCCGGAGGUGUCCUUCUGUCUGUGUGUCUGCCCUUCUGCCCCAUUUGAGACUUCCCCGGAAAUUUGCAUUCUCUUCUUAAUGGUGAAGACCAGCCUUUGUUCAGGUCUCAUUUCGCUGUUUGUUAGCGCCUGUUGUAUGCGGCCGCUGCUCCCGCCCUGGUGGUACAUCCAGGGUCGGGUUUUGAGUGGCCUCUCCGCUUCGCACGAAGCGCAUUCGUUCUGACCCUUCUUACUCUUUUUUGGUCCAUCCAGUUUUUCACCAAAAGCGGCCACCGGUCGGUUCCUCAGUGGCCGUCGAAGCAGGGGAGGUAGUGCAUUACGCUACGCUCGCGUCGGACCUGUGGCUAGUCGCCCACAUCUGCUCUCUGUUUUACCUCUGCGCGUUUUUUUCGCUUACCGUGUCGACACGUCAUCUCAAUUUAUUUGUCCGAUUUCGAGUGGAUCCGUCUUGUCCCUCUGUCGCCUCCAGGCCGUCGUUUGAGGCGGUGCUUCCAGAGGCGUCGCGGCUCCACCGUGAAACAUGGCAUCUUGUCUCCGAGCUGCGUCUCAGCGCCUCGAGUGCCAGUGGACUGCUGCAUCUAACGGAGCUCAAAUCUUCUUCGUCAUGAUACGCUGUGUUCUGUGGGCAUGCUGACGUAAUGUGAGAGGAGUGUAAGUCCCGCCAGGCUCUGUUGCCCCGGCGUGUAGCCCCGCCGGCUGCUUCCCGGGGCCGGAGGCGGUCCAGGGUCUCCACGCGGCACUCGCCGUGAGUCAACGACUUGAUGUCCGUCUUCUCGCUUGCUGUCUGCGGAAAAAAACGGCAUGCCCUCUCUUUGCUUGCUCUCGGUGUCAUCCGCGUUUCGUUUCAGUAGCCCCUGCUCUGCGCGCCGCUAGUCCUCUCGAUCCUCGUCCUUUGGGUGGAUCCCUGCUGUGGCUUUUCGUCGACGAGAACGAAAGUGCGAUUCAGCGUUAAGCGAUGCUUGCGUGGGAACUCGACUGCUGCUCUAGUUCCUGCAGUUUUUGCUUACCAGAUCAGAGUUCGACUGCGCCGGUUCUCCCUCUGUUCCCUCUCAAUUCGCCGCCCAGACACUCCCUGUAGGUUUCUUAGCCUUCUAAGGCAUCACACGGGCGGCUGCGGUGACUCCGUUGCGUGGGUCCUGGCGACCAACUGCGGUCCUGGACCCUACACUGGCGACAGACCAGACACAGCUCGAUAUCAACAGGGAAACUGAGAACGCGGUGAAUGAGAUGAGGGAUGGGGGAUCGCACGACGUCUGAUCGGGAACAUGCCUUUGGGUAGACAGGGGCUUCGUAGUUUCCUGCAUUUGACGCCCGUUGCUGGUCGUUGCCGGCGUUAGAGGUUCCCAGAGCGCGGGCCGAAGGCUGGACAGCGGAGUUUUUCUCGCUGGCUAACCCGUCGAGCAUCUCUGCGUAUCUCCGGGCGAAUGCCACCAGCGCUGCUGCAUGCGUGGCCGAUUUUUUCUGUACAUGAAGCAGGGACGACGUCCCGAGUUGCGCAACUCGAAGCUCCCGAAACUGCCGCUGCAGGCGAGCGAAGCACCCCAACGCCAACGAAACAGGAGCCAGGUUCUUGAACCAGUACAUGGUUCUGUCCAUGUCUCCGCGCAUGCAGGGGACUGCGGGUGACGUCGCAACCAGCAGCGUCGCACGCGUUUUCUGGGGGGUGUGCCAAAGUUGGUUUCCCCACUUGCGCGGACUUGAAUCCUAGAGAUUCCGUGCGUGGUUCGACACUGGCGCUGCACUUCCCUCGUUCCUGCGAAGCUGCUGUUUUCCAGACUGCGCCAAGAUGAGUGACACAUCCUCCGUGAGUAUUGAAAUCAUCCCCGACUUCUUGCCGGAGCGGGGGCAGGAGCCACCGCUUUCGGCGUCGCCAUCCUCAGACCCCCGAGCCUGCGAGGUGACACUGGAUGCUGAAGAGGGCUCAGCUUCAGAUGCCUAUCCGUCUUCAGAUAUCCAAGUUUUUUCAGAUGCCCAUAAGUCUUCAGAUAUCCAAGCUUUUUCAGAUGCCAAUCCGUCUUAUGUCGGAGCUGGUUCUUACACGAGAGCGGCGUCGGAUGUCCCAGCCGCUUCUUUAGACCUGCCAGUUUCUUCACUGCUGGAAAUGUCUCUUGGAAACCAGACGUCAUCUUUCGAGCGAGGAGCUUCCGGGUCUCAUUUGCAGCGACGGGACACAGUUGAGGGAGUUGCCUCUCGGCAGACUUCCAUCUCUGGACAGGUUGCGCCCGCGUCGACCCGGGAGGACGAGGCGCGGUCGCAUGCGCCGUCCGGAGCGACUUCUGGGGGGCGGUUACUGAGUGGCAUCGACGGCGAAGGUGAGGAGGUCCACCUGGAGAUGCCGGGGUCGACUAGAGAUCUCUCUGCGACUGGGAGCGACGAGAUAGGGAUGGCUGGGGAGGCUUUCGAUGCGCCGAUCAGCGUUAGUUGGGGCCCUGUGGACGAGUUGGAGAGACCUGCGACUCGGUGGGAGCCGCAGUUGCCUGCAGCAAGUCGCGUGACGAACGGAUCUCGGUCUUCCAGACGACAAACGGGACCUGCGGCAUUCGAGGUCGACCGGACAGCCUCUCCUCUGAAGCCGCAGGCCGGUGACUCCACGCGAUACACCGUUUCAUUUUCUCGGCGAAUGGUUUCUGGAGAGCUCGCGGAGUACGGGAGACGCCAAAAGAGUCGCCCGCCACGGAGCUCCCUGCCGCUGCACUUCGCCUUGACAUUCCGGCUGGUCUGCGCCGUCGCGCUUCUCGGCGUCGGCCUCUUCACGUUUUCCCGUGUGCGCGACAGCGUCGCAUGCAACGAAGCGAUUUGCUACAAAGGCGAAAACGUUUUCUCCGUCGGAGAAGGCUACGCGUGGGCAGACGACAUGCUGGUCGCACUUGAGUGGCAGCUGCUGCUGCCCCUGCUCGUCCUCGUCCUGACGAUCUCCGUGAACUGCUACAUGACGUUUGCAGCGAUUCAGAGUGGGUCGAAGAAAAGCCUCGCCCGCGAGGAAAAAGCGACCAUCAUUUGCUGCCUCAUCAGCACCUGUUGUCUCGCGGUGCUCGUGGCGCCAGUCUUCCUCGUCCUCCAGGGAUUCUGCAACUUCAACUCCUACGACUGGACGUACCUCUACGCCGAGCCGACAGUGGCCGCGGUCCGUGCGGGCAAGUCGCUCUGCGACCAGAAGGGGCUCAUCUUGAUGACCGUCGGCGUUGCUGCUGCGGCCGUCUGCUCCGAGUUGUCUUUGCUUUUCAGGGGAUAUACACGCUUCUUCGAGGCGACUCUGAUUCUAGGCUAUCUCAAGUUCGCUGCGGGCGCCACAGUUCUCUCAAUGGCCACGCUCGUCGCUCGAGACAGUUCCCAGUAUGCGGACUUGGUCCGCGAGAUCCGGAACGUUCUCCUACGCCGCGCCUUGGAGGAGCAAAUGGGACAGCCGACUCGCGGCGGACUCUUCAACCCGGCUGCGGACGUCUCUCGUCAAACCGCUGUCGACAGCAUCAUCCGGACGGUGAAUAUCCUACCUGUAGCUGUGGCGUCCCAAUACUCGCUUUUUUUCGACACGACGUUGAGUGCGCUGUACAUUAUGGGCUUUGUUAAUGUCGGCUGUGGACUGUACGGGUGUCUAGCUGCCUGGAGUCGCUCCCACGUCCUCGCCACUGUCAAUACCCUCGUCAAUUUUGUUUUCGUCGUUGUGAAUGCUGUCGGUGUCGGCGGAAUGCUGUUCGGCGCGCACCAGCUCAAGUUCAGCUGCAACUACUCAGAGUACCCGGUGCGACAGCUGGAUUACGACAUUUAUCUAUCCCGCCUUGUCUGCCAGUCCAACGCCGCUUUCUUGACGUCCUGGGGAGUCCUCGCAAUUGCUGUUUUUAUCUUUUUCGUUGAUUUCGUCGUCAGCGCCUGGGGGUUCAUUCAGAACUUCUGCCGAAAGGAGCCAGUGAGGUCGUCUCAGAAAUCGCCUGUGGAUGAGAAAACAGACUGACGCCCCUGUGUGUCUGAAUUGUGGGACUUCCCUGCAAAAUGAAACUGAAACGCCGAAUCGUGUAGCGGCGGUGGGGUACGGCCUGCAUUCCAUAGUGGAUAUCGCUGCGAAGUUCAGUGAACGAACUGUGCACCGCUGAGCAUGGCAUAGUGCGGCUCAAACCACGCCGACAAUCGCGCAUGCCUCUACGGAACCACUGGAAGAAAGCCUCGUCCGAGUCUUCGAUCGCUCAGUGGCUCCGCGAAUGCCGUCAGCAUCCGAGGCACUCAGUGGGGCUCAGCCCUUCAAUAGAUGAGAAUUUAAUGCAGCUCAAUGCACAUUCUGUGGACGUAUCCAGGUAACCUUUGUGUGCGACUGAGCUGCCACUUGAUUCCAUUUGCGGAGUGUUGCGUCGCUACAAACCCGCAAUAUAGUUUUCGACCUAAGCGUCUAACAAAGGUUGACGAGUUCCGGGAGCGAGGCCGUUUAUGGCUCUGUGUUCCCCAAGUAAUCAACUGAGCCUUUUCCGACUACUGAAGGAGUCUAGGAUGAAAAUGGCUGAGCAACACGACCAAAGUUUGUCCAGCUGAAUACUACGGGGAUAUACGUGCCUUUCUAGUAGGCAGCUGUCGGAAGUGACAGCAGUGGUGCUGUACGACAAGAACGUUUUCCGUCCCGGAACACACGUGUUAAGCGGACGUUGCGAAUGCGAGUGUCUGUAAGCUUCGUUUCCCCCGCCACCGGGCGGGAUGCACACGGUGGAGUAGAAACUUGCCUUGGUACAAUCCAUAAGGGGGAGUACACACACAUUCGUGAAUUCUAAAAAAUGCACUUUUUUUUGACCCACCGGAACCACACACACUCAGAUGGCGCUACGUCUCACAACUUGAGAUCGGCAAGCACCAACAGGAGAGUGAUUUGCAUGGGAGCGUGAGACACGUCCAACCCUAAACAUAGUUGUGUUGCGCGACCAGCCUUUGGGGUUACAGUACCACGAUGAAUCUUCUUCAUCAAUGGAAUCUUUCUUUGUAGAGCAAAAUGACGGCCUUCGUACAUUGCUUCACAGUAAACAAACAAAGUUCCUCCACUGUUUGCCGAAGUAGCGGAGUGGCUGCGGUAACCACAUGCGAAACGACGGGGAGCCAACAGAAGCACUAUGCAUUUAUGGUUCGUCGAGACCUUGGCCAGUGUACACUAUGAUCAGCGUUACCUUCUAUUGGAAGAACCUAAUAGUUUAGUUUUGAAUGGAGAACCAAACACUUCUAGAACUGCAUGAAUUGUGUGAUAGCUGUAGCGUUUAGUUUUACCAGAGCUGCUACGCGUGAAAGUUGAAUGCCAACAGAGCAUCCCCCCCAGGCGCAGAAGCGUGACACCUGUAGUUGUAGUCCUAAUUAAAUUAUCCAUCGCUUUCACCAGAACAGCGCCGGACUCUAAGGAAAGUCAGACAGAACGGAAUUGCAGGCCUGCUGCAGAAGAGGCGGCUGCCACCGGUUCGGACGGUCCGUUCCUUCCCACAAGACCGACAGAAUAACGAAAACCUAUUCUCGUCCCGUGCGGUGCAAUGAGUCAAGUUUCCCGAACGAAAUUGGGAGGCACUCGUCCACAACUAAAGGGGUGCCACCCAUUCCAUAGUUGUUUUCAAAAAGGCGCCGGAUACUGGAUUAUACCGCCGUCUCUUGAUAUGUCAAGGAAUGCACGGAGUGAACGUAGAAUCAAGACAGUCAGUUACCGACUACCCAAAACUUCUCUGUUGCAGAAACCACGUCGUGCGCACACGAACACACGCGCUUUCUCACGAUGUUACGUGGUAGGCAUUCCGGCAAAGACAGGACGAUUUCAGUGGACGAGCUGCCAUCCUUUCGGAAUUCAACCUGACCAACAAACGGGACACAGGACAUCGUGCGGCAGAUGUACGCGGCUGGCUUGCACAUUCGGCGUAUCACGUGGUUGGAAGCGUAACCUUAUGAGUGAGACCUGAUCAGUGUAUGCGCUGGGUCUGAACAACAUGAUACUUCGUAUGAAGCGAAGCCGACCACAAGUACUCGAGACACGAUUGGACCGUAAAACCGAUUGACAGUGCUAUAGGAGGCCAUUUCCUAACACGAAAAUACAGUGGUUUGAUGUCUUCACGUAGGCAACAACCACACUGCGUACCAGUGUGAAAAGUUCUUUUUUUAAUGACCCAACUGACCCCGCCAGCGUCGCGGCGGACUCGGCAGCGCCUUUUCAGUCCGCAGUGCUGUUGAAGCACACGCGAAAACAAUCUCCUCACACUUUCCAAAUAUAUUCAGUUACCGUGUUCAUUCAUGACGGAGUGGAGCCACGAGGUCCAUAAAGUUUACUUGACGUACCCAGUUCUCAAUAGAGGAUCUUGUGUCCUCAGACUCUAUCUAUUUCUGAUGAGGUAAUACUGGUACGCAACGGAUCAUACAUCUUUAUGUUCGUAAUGUCAGCUGUGCACGGAAAAUUAAGGAAGAAGAAUCCGCAUACUUGAC